AUGCAGAUCACAAGCCUCCUCGCUAUCAUUUCCCUCGUCUCUGCUUCUGUCGCAGCUCCCGGUGACCGUGGCAGUUACCCUGUUUCUGGCCUCGGUAUCCGCAAGCAAGCUAUCUUGAAUGCUGGUGGCAACACUCUUGAUUUGGCUAUUGCCAUGCUUGAGGAUGAACACAUCUGGCAAAUUAAGACUCAAAUUUCCAUAGGCGGCGGCAAGACCCUCGAUGCGGCCAACUUUGGCGUUUUCAAGGUCAACUGGGGAAUUCUUCGUGUCUGCGCCAAGCGAGCUGGAUUUGUAGGACAGGCCACAUUUGUCACGCGUACUCGCUCACCGACUGCUCUUUUCACUCAUAGCUCCGAUAUCUACGCUGAUGUUGCCUCUCGUUGGGAUUGCCAGGAACAGUACGGUUACGAUAAGUGGUUUGCCGGGCACCGUAACGGCGCCACCGGCUUAUCAAACCCCAACACGGAAGACAUCCGAUUCUACCGUGAGUCCGUUGAGUGGAUCCAAAAGCAAAUCGAUUCAAAGUCUACUUACAAGACUGACGACACUCGUUUCUGGGUUGAUGUUACUCCUAUAUAA